CAAUCCAGCAAAAAUGGACCACUACUGAUGGCCGCACCAUACUUUCUAUCCAUCCUCCAACCCAACCAUUAGAACUUCAACCCACAAGCACGACGACCGCCAAUGGUAAACCAAUGGUAAUCGCCGCCUUUACUGAACUACCACACCGCGCACAAAAUAAUAACCCUGUACUAAUUCAGGACUUGAGUACCGUAUUUAAACAAAAUAAUUAUACUAAUCUAUUUUGCCAAACGGCAGGUAAGCAGCUUAGUCGAAUUGAAGAAAUGGUAUCACAUGUUAAGAAAAGCUGCAAAUUGGAACCCAAACCUCCUAUUACCGAUCCAGUUUUUAUCAAACCAACUCCAGUUUUAAAAGAUUUUAAUUUAAAACCCAAAGCCGACACUGAUUUUAUGGAAACCAUUCUGUCCCAAAUUCGUGAUCUUAAAAUCUCUGAUUCCUCCUCUUCUUCUCGCUCCAAAGCCCAAGUUUUGAUGCUUUCGAGCAAUGCUCUUAAUCAUCCUCCUGACGAUCCUUAUCAACAUCUAAGUCUUCCUCAAUUCUGAAUAUUGAGGAUAAUUUUAAAUCUCCUGAACCAUCCUCUGUUCAUCGUGUUUAUUCCUCUAAUAUCCAGAAAAUGGUCCCUGUUGGUAGUACUCGUCACUAUUAUCCUCGACCAACACCCAUGGAUAUUCUGUAUGAAGAGGACUUCCUCCAAACCCAACGCCAUUACACCAGCACUGCCAUCUAUGAAUGGAAUAUUGACGGCCUUUCCGAAUAUCAACUAUACGAACUCCUUCAUCAUAUGUUGAUGUUUGCUACUGUCUGCAAACAAAACCAUAAUACUGAUCACCAGGUUGCCCGCAUGCUUGUUAGUGGUUUUACUGGUUCGCUGAAAGGAUGGUGGGAUAAUUAUCUCACUCAUAACCAAUGUGCUGAGAUCCUUUCUGCUACAAAAACAACUACCACUAUUCCUGACAGAACUCCUGAAAAUCCAAAUCCUGAUCCUAUUGAUACCGAAGAAGAAGAUGCUGUUUAUACUCUUAUAAAUACCAUUGUUGCUAAUUUUGUUGGUAACACUGUUGGUAUUGCAGAUCGAAAUAGAGAAUUAUUAAUGAAAUUGAGAUGUCCUACUUUAUCUCAUUUUCGUUGGUAUAAGGAUGUUUUUCUGAUGAAAGUUAUGCAGAGGACAGAUGGAAGUGAUGAACAUUGGAAAGCCAAGUUUAUUGAUGGACUUCCUCAUCUAUUUGCUGAACGUGUCCGUAAGCGACUUCGUGAUAUCCAUCGCACGGUGGAUAUUCCAUAUUAUCAAUAUACAUACGGUCAGUUAAUUAAUAUUGUCACUAACGAAGGUCUUGCUUUAUGUAACGACCUUAAACUCCAGCAACAACUCAAACAACAACAUUUAAUUGGCAAAAGAGAGGUAGGUGAUUUUUGUGAACAAUUUGCCUAUGACCCUCAGAUCCAAUAUCCCUACAAACUUCAUAAGCAAAGGAAACAUAAAAGUCAUUCCAAACCCUAUAAAAAAUCCAGAAAAUUUUCCAAAUAUUCUAAAACUCAACCCCAACCUCAGACAUCUAGGCCUAAACACAAAACUAAGGGCAAAUCUUUUCAGAAGAAUAAAUCCAGUAUUAAGUGUUACAAAUGUGGACAAACAGGUCAUUAUGCUAACAGAUGUAGAGCCAAGAUCCAGACAAAAUUAAAUGAGUUAGCUUUAGAUGAAGAAACACAACAAAAAAUUUUACAGUUAAUUUCUGAUUCAGAAUCCUUUUCAGAUACUCCUUCCGAUAAUGAAUUAGCAGCCAUUUAUUCCUCUUCUUCUGAAACUGACAACGAUUGUCCAGAUACUGGAGUUUGUCCCUGUAAAACUUCUGUUAAUCAAGUCAAUGAUGAAGCUAAUUACUGGAAGUCAAUAGUAGAAAUGAAUGGUCUAAAUAUUGAUAGUCCUAGUAUUAAUGUUUUGACUGAUGCUGAACAAAAUCUUUUGACUAUUGCUGACAGUAUUAAAGAUCCAGAAAUUAAGCUAAAAUUUCUUGAAAUGUGUUACAAACAAAAAACCGAAGAAAUUAAUGUGCCAAAAAUGUAUAACAUGAAGGAAGUUUUCUCCCGUCUUCAAAAUCCAUCACCCUCCAAAAUGGAUAAAUCUGUUUCUGUUCAAGAUUUGAAAAUGGAAGUUAAUGCAUUAAAACUUGAAAUAAAACAUUUGCAGACUUCUAAUUUAGCUAUCAAUUCUGAAAUCAGAAAGAUCAAUAAAAAAUUACAGGAUAAAGGAGAAGAACAAAGUCAUCCAGAAUAUUUGCUAUCUCUAAAUAGAAUAACCUUUCAGAAGUGGUAUAUUCGUAUUACAUUUAUGAUUCAACCCGAUUUUAUUAUGCGCGAUGCAAUUGCUUUGGUUGAUAGUGGUGCUGAUAUGAAUUGUAUACAGGAAGGAUUAGUUCCUACUAAAUAUUUCCAGAAAACAAGUCAAUCUCUGACCAGUGCCAGUGGUAAUAGUUUAUAUAUUGAUUAUAAACUUCCUGAAGUUCUGAUUUGUAAUCAAGGAUUAUGUUUGCCAACUUCUUUUGUCCUCAUUAAAAAUAUGGCACAAAAUAUAAUCCUCGGUACACCUUUUUUGAAUCUCUUAAUGCCUAUCACUAAGAUAGACACUAUUGGAAUUCAUACAGAAAUUGAUAAUCAAAUAAUUAUUUUUGAAUUUAUUACUUCUCCAUACACAAAAGAAUUAGAUCAGAUUUCCGAUUUAAUGUCUUUAAAACAAAAUCAAAUUAAUUUUUUGCAAAAAGAAAUUAGCUUUCUGACAACAGAACAACGAAUCCAGCAAACUGCUUUUCAACAAAAAAUUAAAUUGCUUGAAAAAGAAUUUCAGAAUGAAAUUUGUAGCGAUGUGCCUAAUGCUUUUUGGGAUCGCAAAAAACAUUUGGUAGCGCUUCCUUAUGAGCCUACUUUUGACGAAAAGAAAAUACCUACAAAGGCUCGUCCCAGUCAAAUGAAAAAAGAGUAUAUGGAACUUUGCAAAACUGAAAUUAAUACUCUUCUCCAGAAAAAACUAAUCAGACCAAGUCGAUCUCCUUGGAGCUGUACUGCUUUUUAUGUAAAUAAAAAUGCUGAAAUAGAACGUGGAACUCCUAGGUUAGUGAUUAACUACAAACCUUUGAAUGAAGUAUUACAAUGGAUCAGGUAUCCAGUCCCUAAUAAAAAAGAUCUUUUAGAUCGCUUACAGGAUGCCGUUAUAUUUUCUAAAUUUGACAUGAAAUCAGGAUAUUGGCAGGUUCAGAUUACUGAAAAUGAUCGUUAUAAAACUGCAUUCACAGUACCUUUUGGACAUUUCGAAUGGAAUGUUAUGCCUUUUGGAUUAAAAAAUGCGCCAUCUGAAUUCCAGCAUAUUAUGAAUGACAUUUUUAAUCCCUAUUCUGAAUUUUCCAUAUGCUAUAUCGAUGAUGUCCUUAUCUUUUCUUCCUCUAUUGAUCAGCAUAUGAAACAUCUUAAUAUUUUUAAACAUGUUAUUUCCAGAAAUGGUCUUGUUGUUUCUGCUCCAAAAAUGAAACUUUUUCAAACCCAAGUUCGAUUCUUAGGACAUAAUAUCCAUAAUGGAACUAUUAUUCCUAUUGAUCGAAGUAUGGAGUUUGCAUCUAAAUUUCCCGAUGAAAUUAAAGAUAAGACCCAAUUGCAACGAUUUUUAGGAAGUCUCAAUUGUAUUCAUGACUAUUAUCCUAAUCUUGCUACUGAUGCUGCUAUACUUUAUACCCGUUUACGAAAAAAUCCACCUGUUUGGAGUCCAGAACAUACCACUGCUGUCAAAAAGAUUAAAGCUCGUGUAAAGACUUUACCCUGCUUAUGUCUUCCCUCUCCAGAAUAUCAAAAAAUUGUUGAAACAGAUGCUUCUGAUCUCGGUUUUGGUGGUAUACUAAAACAAUUUAAUCCUAAAACUAGUAAAGAAGAACUCUUACGUUUUCAUUCUGGUGUUUGGCAUGAUGCUGCUAAAAGAUAUCCUACUAUUAAAAAAGAAUGUUUAGCUAUUGUUAAAUGUGUCUUAAAAUUCCAGGAUGAUUUAUUAAAUCAAGAAUUUUUAAUCCGCGUAGAUUGCUCUGCUGCCAAACAAGUUUUCAAAAAAGAUGUUGAAAAUUUGGCUCAAAAACAAAUUUUUGCUUCUUGGCAAGCUGCUCUUUCUGCUUUUGAUUAUAAUAUUGAAUAUAUCAAAGGAGAACAUAAUUCUCUCCCUGAUUUUCUGACUCGUGAAUAUCUACAGACUUCUCAUGCAAAACCGGGGUAGAGGUCCUGGCCGGCGAGGCCGUGGACGUGGUUUUCCACCACCACCUACCGACUUUCCUUCCCUUUUGGGGAUUUACAGUCACAAAGGAGAAUCUUCUAGCCCUUCGGUUAAAGAUGUCCUCCUAACUCUAGAAACUUAUUUCCAGAAUUCCAUUACAGAAGAAACUGUUCUUUAUAUUGAUACUGCUGACAUUCAAUGGGUUUCUGAUCCAUGGGAGGUGAAAAAACGCUAUCUUGCCACCCAAAAUAGUCCUCCGCAUUUGGAUACUUACAGAUAUGUCUAUGAACAAAUACUGACUGAGUUAGCCUCUGUCCAAUUCCAGCAUCAUUAUGCCGAUUCUAAUCGUACUGCCAGUCCCAUUAAUUACAGUAAAGCUACCAUUCAGUCUAUCAUGCCCAUCCAGGCUUGGGGUAUUCAUCCUCAUGUUACCCGUAGUCUUGAUAUCCGGUCUAAGGACGUCCGUUACAGUUAUUGGGAUUAUAUUACUGCUUUUACCCAGACUUUUUAUUAUAUGAACCCUCCUCGUUCUCACUCCUGGUUUUUUCGGGUUCUUCCUGAUGUCCUCAAAAAUGAUCUCCCCUCCUGGUUUCUCAUUUGGUGGGAUACUUUUGGAUUACAGCUAGAUGCUUUUCCAGAAUAUGUUCGCUUGGCCUUUAAUGAAUGGCAAACUGUUUUCAGUAUUCUUCCAGUUAACAAAAAUAUUUCCAUGUCCAAAUGUUUAAUCAAUUUCGUCAUCCGCUUCAGUAUUCCCUGGAUAUGGAAAUGGGAUUUCCAGUGUGAUUUCCAGAAUAAAGUCCCCCGUUUAAAAAGAGUUUUCUUUUAUAAAUGGUGGAAACAGAUGGAUGAUGCCAAAAAUAAGCAAGACUUACUCCAGCGCAUCAAGGAACAUACACAUGGAUUCAAGGAAUUGCUGCUUCAUGAAAUCCAUGCUUUUGGAAACAAGUUCUUCGUCUGUGAUAUCUGGAUAUUUGUUUCGGAGCUCUUGCUGGAUCUGAAUAAAAGGAUUAAUGGAUGUGGCUGGAGUAGUUUUGGGACAUGCAUCAAGACAGUCCUGUGUAUGUUCCUUGAUGCGCUGGAGUAAGUCUUGCUUAUUUUUGGCAUCAUCCAUCUGUUUCCACCAUUUAUAAAAGAAAACUCUUUUUAAACGGGGGACUUUAUUCUGGAAAUCACACUGGAAAUCCCAUUUCCAUAUCCAGGAAAUACUGAAGCGGAUGACGAAAUUGAUUAAACAUUUGGACAUGGAAAUAUUUUUGUUAACUGGAAGAAUACUGAAAACAGUUUGCCAUUCAUUAAAGGCCAAGCGAACAUAUUCUGGAAAAGCAUCUGGAAAUCUAGGGAAUAGAAUCCCCAGAAAACUUUCCCCAUGCCGUUGGACAGUAUAGUAGCUGGACACAUUAUACAUGCACUAGGCUUGUCAAUUCAAUUUUAGCUGGCAAAGAGUUGGGAUGCAAUAGGAAGCUUUCAUGUCAAGAACAAUUUUGGUUGCAGAAAGCAUAUCAAUUUUUCCCCUCAUAAUAAGGGGACUUCAUGACACACUCGUCAUCUGAUGAAGGCCCAGAGCAUAACAACUGGAUUAGAGAGAGGAAAAGGGUUCUUUGGCAGUUUCAUUAACUUGGCUAUGUGCUCCGCAUCUCGCCUUUGUCUCUGCACCUUGCCUGCUUGUCCAUGCAAGCCACAACAGCACCGAUGCUAUCAAGUCUAUAUCUAGGUCAAGAGCAGGGGGUAGCACCGUGACAUGGGGUGCCCAAGAAACUCAAUGACCCUUGUGCAGAAUCACUAGGGACUAGGAUUAGCAGCAAGAGUUGUGGGUAUCAUCAAAGUUGCUUCAUUCACCCUUUCGAGGUGGCUCCACUCUAAAAGAGCGAGACCUCCACAUGGAGGUGAUUUGGGACCACAAGCAAGCAACACAUGCUCUCCCUUUCCACCCUUCGGUGGUUCUGAGCCAUCUUUACAUCUACGACAAUUCAAAGUGGGCCCAUGAGCUGGCAACACUGCCCACAAGCCACUUACCCUGCAUUACUGAAGGAAGCACUUUGAUGUUUAGGAAAAACCCCUCAUCGACUUAACUAUUCUUUCUAUUGUUGUUUUUUCUCAUAUGUCCAUGAAGAAGUAGAACUCAUUCUCUCCAGUUUUUAGUUGCUUGUGCAAGUCAUUUAACACCUUUACACCAUAGCUCCACACUAAUUCAAGAGCAAAAAUAACUAAUUCAUCAAGCAGUGCAUACCAGCAUUAAUUGUAGUUAUGUUUUUUUGUUUGCGGGAAAACCAUGAGAUCAAACAUCUACAAUUGUUUUAAGAGGUUAUGGUAUACAAUAUUCUAAAACAAGGAAUUAGUGUGUGUUUCCAUUAUUAAAAGUUUCUAUUAUGAAAUUUGUUCAUCAAGUUACUUUCUCUCUCUUGUGUUCUUGAAUUUUUCUUCUUUUUUUAUUUUAUUUAAUGUUUUGGAUUUGGUGUUCUUAUAGGUGGUAUUCCUCGCAUCAAUGGUAUGAUAGAGAAGAUAAUACAUGUUCCCCGUUAUGUUUUUGAUUUUAUCUACGCAGCGUCACUCUAUUAUCUUGAAAGAGAAAACAUGAUUGGGUUUUUGAUAUGAAUGUUACUCUAUUAAUUGCAAUUCACGACACAUUCAUUCCAUCAAGAAGUAAUCACUGUCUUUGCAAGUGGCUAUUCCCAUCAAAUAUACCUCUUCACAAUCGACAUACCCGUUCACAAUCAAACUCUAAUUGGUUUGGUUUUAUUAUUGCUCCGGUAUUGAAGAGUCAAUUCACCUAUUGAAAAGAAAGUUUUGAAGCAUUUUAUGAAGUUGGGUGGUGAGGAAAAUUAGUCAUUUCCUUGAGACUUUCUUGAAUUAAUGAGGUUGAUAUAUAUAUAUAUAUAUAUAUUCUCAAUUUGAUUUGAUUAUGUUUCAAGUA